UUUUUCUUUUUUUUUUUUCUUUCUCAUAUUCCAAAUCAUUAUUCCUUGGUUGCUCUUCCAUUUUUUUUAUUUCUUCUUCCUUUUAUUUUCGGGUUUUCAUUUCUUUAUCUAGCAAGUUUAAUACUCUCUUCAACUUCUUUUCGACUGGUUACUUCUUUUCUCAAGACAGUGUGCUGACAGUUAUCGACUGGGAAGAGACAAGACAAGCCCGUUUUUAUUUAUUACUAUUUAUUUUGGAUAUCAUUGUGGUUGCUCUAGUGACCAUUUGAUUCAAAGGUCUAUUCUAUUUUUCAUAUUUAUCGAUUUUUGUGUGUGUGUGUGGACAUGCCUCCCAGUCCUUCUCCCAAUCGUAAAUCGUCCAUGGCCAGUCCCAACCGGCAUCUGCUCGUGGAAAGGUGUUCCACGAUUCGAGCCUGCGAACCUUGCAAACGGCGGAAGAAACUGUGCAACGGACAGCGGCCCUGUGCUUAUUGUACCGAAGCCAACCUGGAGUGCGUUUACAGUGUGAUAUCCGAUCAUCCCCGAGGCGUCUUUUCUACCAACAAUGCAAGACGUUUAAGCAGUGGCUCGGCUUGUGAAACCUGCCGACGAAGAAAAACCAAAUGCGACGGAAGUUCACCGUGUGGUUACUGCGCCGCCAAUGCCAUUGAAUGCAUCAACAAUUCCGAAAGACGCAAACGGUCCAUUGGCAUGCCGCCGGCCGAAAAUGAAGCCAUUGACAGAAUUGAAGAUCGCUUGCGUCGUAUUGAACGACUCGUGAGUGCUUUUGCCCCUAGUCCUCUGUCACAAAGCACGUCAUAUACCCAACAUGAUCCAGCCACCGCCCGUGCUUCUUCAUCCAUCCACGUUGCCACCCCACCCCGUCCUCAACGUCACUCCGUCCAAGGCAUCAGCGUUGCCAAGGAACAAGCCGAGUUACGAGCGGCCCUUCAAAGUACACGAGCCAUGUCACCGACGCGUGACUCUCCUUAUGCAACGCCUCCUCACAGCGGCGGGAAAAAACCGCCCACCAUGACACUUCCUACACCGAGAUCGGAGCAUCCCCCUUACAGAUCACUGUCACCACCAUUAUCUGCCAACGGUGCUGCUUCCUCUCUUUCCACUUCUCCGCCACCUCCUCUAUCCCCGAGCCAUCCUCAUCACCCCGCAUCCGCAUCCAUGCUGCGACAAGCUUCGCAAAUGACACAUCCCUUGACCUCGUCCAUGCUUAAUCUUAGCCUUUCGCCUUCUUCGUCGACCUCUUCGUCGGCUUCCAUGGCGCAGCAGUUGGCCCCUCAAUCCUCUUUAUCCGCGCCUCUCUCACUGCAAGCUCAAUCGUCCUCGGUGCUGGCUCAAAAAGGGUCAUGGUCUUCUCUUCAUCAAAAAUCAAAUGACGCCGAGGCGUAUCAUCAAAUUCCAAGCCCUCCCGUCUCUUCUCGAAGCACGUCAUCAACACGAGGCCAAGACAUGGAAUGGAAAUCGACGUCGCCCAUGCCGAGUUUGAUGGAGCAAUUAUCGAAACGAACGUUUGCCACCACUGCGUUGGAAUAUCCCAUCACUCAAUUCCCGAUCUAUCCCCUCACGCCACCUCUUCAUCACACGUCGUCUCCCGAUCCGUCACCUAUGGAUCAUCAAGCAUCCAACUAAGACUUAAAGUAUACACACGCCAAAAAGGAAACAAAAAAUGAGGCAUGGCAUCAAAAAGAACCAAAAAAAUACCUCGCAAAAAAAACUUUUUUUUUUCUUCAUUGUUUUUAUUUCAUAACUUAUCUUUAUGCAUAUGCAUAGGUUGUCUGUAAAUUAUAUAAAUCUCUUAUUGCACUAUUCUUAUCUUAUUAU